UGUGGGCCAGGGCGCACGGGAGCGAGCCGCGCGACACGCCAGUCCGUCGUCGAACCGCGCGCCCGCCGCCCGCCGCGCACCCGCGCUCGCUCGCGCACCAACCCAUGGACUACGAUCGACCAAGCGAACUCACACUUUAUUUUAUAAUCACCUCCUUAGCACCCCCUAAAACCCACGCCACAAUCAUCGAACGAAUCCUCCGAGCUUAAAACGACAAUGAAAAGUCACUUGCGAGAACUUUUGUCGACUUUCCAAAACUCUUAGUGACCGUCAUAUCCCACUAGAAAAACCCGCUUCAAAGUUGUUUUAUUAUUCAAAAAUGCUUCUCAGAGUAAAAUUAUAUCGGAACCUAUUUAUACACAAGAAACGACUGAAAUUUUCUGAUUGCAACCUUUGAAAAGUUUACACACGGUUUAUGAACUAUUUACACUGUUUUACAAAUAGUUUUGGACAUUAUUUUAUCCUUCGUAAAACUACCCUCUAGAACAUUAAGCCAAUAUGACCAAAGACAUUUAACUAAAUAUAAUAUUAGUGUGCGUUUUAAAUAUCUAAAUUAGAAGUGUUGAAAGACAAACUAUUAAGUGUGUUAUCAAUAGAUUAGUUCUACUGUAAUAGUAAUUAGUGGGUGUGUUAGUGUAUUUUGAAAAUUAUAAUCAUCAUAUCCUGCGGUUAUUCAUUAUUAAAUUGGUUGAAGAUUCGUUGUACGGAAUUGGCAGACAUUACACGAAGAAACCCUCCUACCUUACCUACUAUGGCUCAACAUCCCUUCCAUAAAACAUUCCUUAAUCGUUCUUCAACUUACAUUGUAGUACGCAAAAGGCAACUUAACAUUUAAAAACAUUCCAAUCGACGUAAACCUUCUUACUUAUUACUGUGUAAAAUCCCGUCCUAACGGAAGAUAAGUACCAGAAAGACUUGCUCGCCACUAGUUCCUAGUAGUAGCUCAAUCGACGCGCGUAAACCUCUUCGGAGGGCGCGAGGGGCCUGCGCGAUGCGGUCUCGCCAGGGAUGUACGUAAUAUAUCCUGCGGAUGAAGUAGUUUCCCUGACAUACCGCUCGCAAUCGCUGCCUCGGCCACGGCAGCGGCCUACGCUUGACUUGAUCUACGGGCCGCCGCCGCGAGCGCCGUUUAGCGCGCUACCCCCGCCCCGCACCCCCACCCUCAUCAGCGACCAAACCCACCUCAAAACGGCGCCUCCGGAGCCACCAGAGCGCGCGCCGGCAUCGCCGACGCCGUCGCUCGAGCGCCCAAAGCUGCGCGAGCGCACCAAGGCGAAGCUGCUCAAGAAGCUUGGUCGCCAUGAGGACAAUGAAUUCGGCAAAAUUGUUAGAACCCCCGCUCCCGAUGAAUUCGAACUGCCCGCUCCCCUUCCCACUCCAGCAUUCUCGAGAAAGAAUAUUUUCGACCGCGACUUCGAUGCACUGUUCGAAGUGGCGAACUCGCCGCAGUUUGGUGCUCAUAUCCGAGUUACUACACCAGAACCGGAUCGCCGUUCCGAUGUAUCGGCGGCGCACUUUCCCACACCUACAGCGUCCACGCUGAGCCUCCUACCACCGCGGCCGCAGUCUGAGCCGAGCUCCUCGCCCGCCACCUCUGCUCGUACCUCUACGCCUUCGACGCCAACACCACAACGAUCGUCUACUGAAGGUCCGAAUCCUAAGUCGAAGAAAGUUAGUUUCUUCCGUAAGCUGAGUCGGGCGAAAGAGCCGACGCUGCCGCGUCCUACCACCAUGCAGCAGCAGCCGUCUCUCGAGAUGGCUCUGCGAGAGCUCACGCACCCGACGCACAACGAACAGCUCAAGAAUCAACAGCAAGUUACAUUCAAACUGGUCAAAACAGUGGCUGACUUCACGACGCAGCUGUCCCAACUAUACGAGCAUCACUCUUCAGAGUUGCAGAUCCUCGUCGCUAACUUCCGUAAGCGAAGCAGUGAGCUGAGGAAAGAGAGAGCAACAUGUCCAUCAUCGUUAUUCCAUACGUGGGAGACGUUACUUCAGGAGGUAGAAGCUGAUGUCGUCGGGUUCAACAAUGCAGCUCAGUCAUUGGAGAGGCUGGUGGCAACACCACUUAUAGAACGCACCUUCCAUAUGAAAGUUCAAGCUCGGAAACUUUUCGCCCAUCGAGAGGGAUGUGAAGUGAUUCUUGGAAAAGCUGACGAUCAACUCAACAAGAGUCGUCAAGACUACAGAGGUGCUUUCCUGAACUACUGCAACAACCCAACACCAGCUACCUUGGCUACGUACUAUGAUUCCCACAAUACAUACGUGCAACAACUGACGGCUACAAACGCGAUGCUGGAUCAGUAUUAUAAGCACACCCUCCCGACUAUACUACAGGAAUUGGAAGAGAUACUGACCGAUGUUACCUCGGCAGUCAGUGAAGCAAUUUGUCAAGAGGGUGAAAUUGUUACGGAUAAGAGCAACAACCAGCUGCGUCGCUACGAGUCUCUCUGCGCGCAAGCUCGUGCGGUAUCCAGCACGGCUGACCUGGCGCAUUUGGCGCGAACCCUGCUCACCGCCACGCCUCCAAUGCGACCACCAAAGAGGACCUUCCUACCACCGUACCCACCAGACGCUGACGAUCCACCCCUGGACGUUCCCGCGGAAAGCAUGCCGCCCAUACUCCGUGGCGAGGUGCUCCUGGACAGGAUGGGCGCACAAGCGCGCGUCAACUACGAACAGCUCAAGAAAGACGCCAUAGAUCUAGAACUGCAAAUAAAACAACUGCAAGACAGCCUCGAUUCGCUAGCUCGUCAUCAAAGCAGGGGUCUUGAGAGCAAUCUCUACAACAAAGUUAAUGAAAUUCAGGAGGACAUUUCCAUCAAGAAAUACGACUACAGAGCAACACAACUGCAUCUAGCGGCCGUUAGAGCCCAGAGAGAAUUGUUUGCGGCAAAAGCAGACAGCGGAGCCGCAGCAGUAGACCGUAAACUGUCCUCAUCGUCGGCUGGCAGCAUGAAGAAUAAGUGGCUAAAGGCUUUCCGAAGCUUAAAGCCCCCCAGCGCCCCUCCACCCCACGCGGCACCACCAGACAAGAGGAAUGGAGCGGCAAGAGACGCUAUGCGCGCAGGAGGCGAUUCUGAAGCACACAACUUUCAAGAAUACACGUAUAAGAAAAUAACGCCUUGCGAUGUCUGCUCACAAGUACUUAGAGGUCAUACUCGCCAAGGCUUGCGCUGUCGGCUAUGUAAGAUGAACGUGCACACUGACUGCAUGCCUCAGGUCGGCAGGUGUCAGACUAAGUCUCGACUCCUGCGCAGGCAGAAGAGCACAUCCGAGAUAGAGUCCCACAGAGUAUUGGAAACAGCCUUCGACGAUGAAAAGGAGGAAGUGGAUCUGACCUACCAAGUUCUGAAGAGGGCCAACGAAAUUGGGAAGCCGGGCGGCGGCGGGGAAUCGCGCGGGGGCCCGGUAGUGCGCGUGUCAGCCCCGGAGGAGACGCCGCCCGCGCGCUCGCCGGCGCGGCCGACCGCCGGGCUGGCCGUGGCGCCGCAGCCCGUCUCCUCUAGCUCAGCGCCGCAUUCUCCGAGACGUCAAAAGUUGAACCUUAGAAUGAAGAGUUUGUCGCUGGACUCGCCGGAGUGUGGCGAGCUGAGGCGGCGGCCUGCGCGCGACCAGGCCUCGCAGGGCAGCCGCGUGCUAUGUAACUGCAGAGCAGUUUGCAUGAGGCAUGGCUUUAAUAGAAUAAAUAACUAUUCAAUUCAUAGUUAUACACGUUCAUCACCGUCGUCGCCGGUACAUAGUCGGAGGAUGCUGAGCGCGCGCGGGGGACGUAUGAGCAGCGUGGAACUGCCCGAUGAGCCUGACAAGAGCCUGUCUUCGAACAGCGCUAGCCCGUGCCCUUCGCCAGUCAAGCAGAUGAGCAAACACCAAAGACUCCUGCCAACGAAUCUAUACGUGGUUCUGUACAACUUCAAGUCCCGUCAUGCCGAUGAACUUGACCUCAAGGCCGGCUACAAGGUCACCGUGAUUGACACCUCGGAUCCUGAUUGGUGGAAGGGAAAAUGUCUCGGCAAGAUUGGAUACUUCCCAUCUAAAUACUGCACUAAGCUUCAGGCAGGGGAGAGGGCGCUGCAAGUCACGCAUAAUCUUCAGGUAUCGGACGGUGACAGCGGUCUAAUGCUCCUCCGCGAUCAGAUCGUGAUCCAAGUGGGUGAGGAGGUGGACGGCAUGAUGCUGAUCCGCUCGGGCGACAACCGCCAGGGCGUGUGUCCGGUCAAGUUCUUGCAGGAAGUGUGACGCUUCAAGCUGCCUAAUUUCGAUUUUAUGAGAAAACGCGGCUCCCUAACUGACGAAACGAUACCAACACGAUACGCACCAAAAACGAUCCGAAGCGCUCCGGUCACACCUUGCGACAGCGAAACAUCCACAUGGUCCGACCGCAAUCGUAGCAAGCACAGCUACGAAUUUCCCUCAGGAUACGCCACUAGCUACGGCGACUACGAGAAGUCUAGCUACAACUCCGGCUACGACUACACCAAAGCCGGUUACGAAGCGUCUACGUCUACCGUGACUGCGUCGACUUCGCAUAAUAAAGGCUACGAAUCGGGGGUGUACGACAAGAGCUACGAAGCAUAUGAUAAAGGUUACGAGGGUUCGUAUAGGUACGAAGGUUCUACAGGGUAUGAUAAGGGGGAGCCGGGUUUCAAGCACAGUUAUGAGUCUGAGGGUAUGUGGUGGUGGCGCAGGCCGCUGGGUGUCCGUCGUACGUCGUGCAGGCGUUGUGGCGCGAACUCGGCCACUCGGCCGCUGCGCAUGACGCCGUGCGCGGGAGUGGCGUGUGACGCGGAGCCGCCGCGACGCCCCGUCAUGUCGCGCGACCGACCGCUGCAGUUCGUUAAGCAACUCUUUUUGUAAUUUUUAUAUAUCAUUAUUAUAUGUAUUACGUAUCUUACAGAUAUACGUUAUGUUUUGUGAUUUUGAGUAGAUUCUCUAGGGCUGUUCAAACUUCAGACCUAAGCAAUCUGUUACUAUCUGCGGUAACGAAAAGCCGUAGAGACAGCGAAUAUCGCAUAGAUCUGAAGAACGAAGAAAUUGGCCUUUAGUUUAAAAUUAGUUUGGCUUCAGAAAUUGCCUUUCGAUUAAUACAGUUUAGUAUUUUGUCGUUUGAUAUCUUAUGUAUUGUAUUGUACUUAUACUAUAAUUAAGUAAUUAGACUUUUGGUUUUAACUUAUUGGAUUAAGGCAAUAACGGUUAGGUAUACAAUCACGGCCUACGGUAAUAUUACUUUUGGUAAUUUUCGUAUUCUCCCAAUUUACAUGAUUUUAUAAUCUUAUAUAUUUAUAUAUUAUACACAUUAUAAUAGGUCCAUUUACGUAAAAUUACUUGGCAACAUAUCAUUUUUUGAACGAUGUGAUUUAAACUUAAAUUAAUUUAAUUGGAAUAUAAAUAUGUACUAUUGUAUGAAAUAAGACUUAUGUAUUAAAUUAAAGCGUGAUUUACAAAAUAUGUAUUGCGAAUUCGCCGAAUUUUGUGUGGAUUAUGUAUUUCGAUUGCUUAAAGCUGACAAAAUCGACACGGAAAUAGAGAAAAUAGUAAUAAGAGAAUAUUGGUAGGUAGAGGAGAUGGUAAAAUAUGAUUAGUGUAUCGGAUCGGUAGAUUAGAACCGCACGCUAUUUAAGUUAAAUAAUAUCAUUAGUUGAUAGCAGGAAUGUUUAGUUUAGACUUUAGCCUUACAUCGUAGACCUAAUUCGCCGGUUGCAUCGGGCAAUGAUUAACACAGAGUGGAAUAGUAUACUAACUAGAAAACUGCGUACAUUUAACUGUUAUGAAAAGUAUCGGUACUCUAUUCUAUGGUAAUUCCGUCUCAGGGCAAUGACCUUAUCCUUCCACUAAAGCUAUAAUUUCUAGCUCGAGCUCGCCAACAUAUUGCUCACACUUUUUAUACUGAAGUUACACAGUUAUUCUUCUUUAUGAAGUUACACAAAACUAUGAUAUGUAUUCUGAGGUGCAGCUUUGAUUUUUAGAUUAUCCAUCUCAAGUGCCGAAUGUUUUCUAUUUGGAUGUAGUGAGUUUCUUUUUUUACAAACAGCAUAUUGAGAUAAUAGUUAUUAAUUAUACAAGAGUGCAAAGUUGCUUUUUAACCGCGGGCUCAAUUUUGAUGACCGAGCAAGCGAAGGAGUCUAAAAUUGAAACACGAGCGUAGCGAGUGUUUCAAUAAUUAGAAUCCUGAGCGAUAGCGAGGGAAUGAAAAAUUAUUUUUCAUCCCACCAUCUCGGAAAGAGUAUUUUUACCCUUUGAUAUCAGAGCGCAAAAGCCGUUUUUAUCCUCUAGAGCGGCAAAGUGAUUUGAAUUUAGAACAUCGUGUGCAAUACUCCAUUUGUGACAAUCUUGAUAAGACUUUUCAAACAAAUACAUAUUAAACAAAUAAAAUACUGCUUAAAAUAAUUAUUCAAUUAAUUAAGUAAUUUUUAUUAUUGUUUUUUAAUAGAUUUUUAACCUCGUUUCAUUUUUAAACUGAGUUUUCAAAUAAAUGAACUUUAAUAGGUACUUCUUUUUAAUUUGAUACUCAUUAUGUGCGCGCCAUUUUGUUUUUUGGCAUUUAGUGAUUUCCUCGAUGAGGUGGGAUGAAAAGUUACGUGUUGCACUCGUGUGCAAAGAUUUUUCACCUUGUGCUCUUUUGAUUCCCUCGCUAUCGCUCAGGAUUCUAAUUAUUGAAACACUCGCUACGCUCGUGUUUCAAUUUUAGAAUCCUUCGCUUGCUCGGUCAUCAAAAUUGAGCCCGCGGUUAAAAAGCAACUUUGCUUACUUGUAUAACAAAUAACUAUUACUUUGUCGUGUUGUGUGCACGGAGUGUUUCAAAAGACUUGGCAUUUUGUUUUAAAUAAGAGCAAUUUGACGUGGUUUUAAUUAAAAAAAAAGAUCUAUUAAAAACGUGAGGGUUUUUAAUAGAUCUUUUUUUAAAUAUGGUAAAAUGUUUUGUCUACUCACGUACUGUGUCAAAAUGAAUGAAAAAGUUCUUUUACACAAAAAGAAACAAAAACUGUUUUCAAUCCAAAAUACGCCUUGUUUAAAAAUAUAGCUUGUAAAAAAAAGAAAUUACCUACUCAAAACUAACGAAAUGGGCUGCCAUUGGAUACCUUAUUAAAAACACACACACACCAAAUAUGUAGGCACACGAAAACAAAUGACUUACCGAUUUCUUAACCAGGUUAUCGAAUCGCAAUAAAUUAAUUCAUUAAUAAAAUGUCUAUUAAAUAACUACAACAACCAAAUCCACAAGAAAUACAUAACCUACUUAUAUAAUUAUAGUAUCAGAAUAAUAUCAAAUUAGUAGGAGAAUAAAUAAAUAUAAGUUAGUUGAGACGUCUCGUCCACUCGAUGUCUACAGACUUUAGCCAUUUAGUUAAUAAAUAUGAAAUAGUUUUAUUAUUAGUAUUGAAAUACACUAUAAGUAAACAUCUUUAUUUAUGUUUUGAUAUUCAACGAUAAGGGAAAUAAAUAAAAUAUUUAUUAAUAUAAAUACUUAAAUACUAGUUAUGUAUGUAUUUUGGUGUCACUACUUGCCUUUUAUCUAAGUUCAGUGAGCAAUAUUAUUCGCAUUUUGUCUUAGAUAAUUUGCAAUAGUUUAAUUAAGUAAUCUCACAGUACCUAUAAAUAAUUAAAAUGAGACAGCCAAUUAACAAACUGAUGAGAUUAUUUAGCACCUUGACAUAAUUAUUAUAUGUAAAUACAUUUGCUUAAGUUUGCCUUUAUUUAAGCAUUUAUUUAUUAUGGUUUAGUUUACAAAAGUUAUAUAACAGAAUCUUAUCUCGUCAUAGUGUUUAUGUUUUCGUACCUUAUAGUAAUUCGUAUCGUUUUAGCUAUAGAGUAAUAAUAAUUACCUAAUAGUAGGUUUACACUAAGAGAUAGAAACGCAUAGAAGUGUUGACUGUUUUAUUUAAUUUGGAGUUAGCCCAAAAAUAUUUACUACAUGAGUGCUAUUUUUCAUACCCCGUUAUAGUUAGCUUCUUAUAUUUGGAAUUUAAUUAUUAUAUCUGCAUACUUAUUUACAAUAUUCUCUAUUCCUAAUUUCUUGAAAAAAAUAUAUAUACAGAGUCCCAAAAAUAUCUUAAAAUCGAUACUUUAUUAAUGUUAACGCAUUAUUUUAGUUAACACGUUAAGCCGUCCCCUGAAGUUUUAAGAAUAUAUACGUAUAUGAAUAUAUAAAAUAUAUACAUUACCAAAUUAAUAAUAAGAUGCACAUAACAUAUACAUAGAUACUUUAGUGCGUAAAACGUAAUGUACGAGUGGUCGUUGAAGGAGUGGAAAUAAUGUGAGAUUAGAAACGUUCAUUGCCGGAUUUGAGCUGAUUAAAUGAGAAAACUCAACUUUAGGACAUUCCUAUUGUAAAAAUGUAAAACGACGAAAUGGCACGAACUGCCGUUUUAAUUAAUACCACUUCAAUCGCCAUUACAAUGAAACAAUGGUUUUUUUGCGAUACACGGAAGGCGAAAGCAAUUAGGUACAUGAGAACUAUUCAGUGGAUACUUUUCAAUGUUCGACCUUCAAUACACAAGUAAAAGGUUUAACCUUGUGUUGUUUAGAAAAUUAAAAAAGAAAAUAAGGUAAAGUUCACAUCAGGUAUGUGAACUUUACCAAAUUGCAUUGUAGGUAUUUUUGCGGUUUUACCAAAUUGAGCUAAAGCUAUUUAUAUUUUAAUCCUAAAUACUAAAGUGAGACAGGUUCCUUAUAAAUUCGUUGCAUAUAAUGCUCUAGUAUUAUUUAUUUGGCUAAUUGAAAAGCUUUAUAAAAGUUAUAUAUUCAUAAAAGGAGGUAUUAAUAUACAUGAUUGACCCAGCUCUGAAAUCUGUUGAGCACGUAAUGGCGUAGUCCAUUUAAAAAUACGGACAAAAAAAUAGAUAUCAAACUUACAGCCUAUUAGAGAUUAGAACGACUAACAAUAUAGGCAUAGUUUACGAGUUGUCAUCGUACAUAAACCGUUGUGAAUAGAUCAAUUUGAUGUUAAUAACUAGGUAUAUCCAACCGCUGAUUAUAUAGGGAGGUUCAUUUAAAACAUUAACAUACAAAUGAUUGUAAAAUAAUGUACGGACUGCCAUCUUAACUUGUCCAGAGCGUUGGAUGGGUUUUGAAUCAAAUUGAUCAAUCAACACGGUUAGAAAAGCUGCCAUGAUAAUAGGUAAUCCCAGUUAGCAGUACGUAAACCUUUAACUUAACCAUAAGAGACCCUACUUUAGGUAGGAACUUCUGUAUUUAUUUAAAUUCAAUAAAAUAGGUAACUGUUUAGUUGCACUUAAAAAUCUUUCGUUUUCUGAAAUUGGAAAAUACCAUUUUUACCACCAUUUUGUUCAAAUUUUAUAUACAGCACUGUUACAGAAAAAGUCCUUGAUGAUCUAGAUCGGAAAAUCGUUAUAUAAGUUCAUACAUUACUUAGUUAUUUAUUGGUCCAUAUUACCUAUAUGAGUCUUAUAAUUACAUAUUCGACAAGUGAUUUAAUUAAAGAUAGGAAAUUAACGAGAUGUAGCGUGUAAUUAAUAAAAUAUAUAUGUAUUUAUAUCUCUGCCUUUGCCCCUAUUUCAAUUCUAAUAUCUUACAAACAUCCUUUUAAUAUAAAAAAUAAGACUACUACUCAAAAUCCGUCUCAUUUAUUCAUAAUAGAAUUACAAAACAAAGAAACGACAUGAAAACAUACCCGUUAGACACAUACAAGUACAGACAAGGUUUGCAUUGCCAGAUUUUGAAACCAUAAUAUUGUUGGUUUAUAUUAUAUCCUUAAAAAAAGCUAAUCCUAAUACCUUAACUAUUUAUGCUACUAUAACACAGAUAAAAAAAAUAAUUAAUUUCACGUACCUAUACAAUUUACAGAUUGAAAAUUAUUUAUAUCUAUAGAUACCUUAUAUUUAGAAUAUACGAAAGUUUAUCUAGUCUCCGUAAUAGACUCAUUCGUAGACGUAGAUUUGUGUUACGAAGAAGUAACUUAACCUACCCUUUAGCAUAGUUAGGUGUUCGUGCUAAAUGUUCAAAGAUAUCCAACACUUUAAUAGUGUUCCACUUUACAUUAAUCCAUAUGAGAGUAUUCGUAAUAAGUAUAGUAAAAACACGUACGAAAAACGGAACCAAAUUAUUAAAUUAAAUAUACAUAUUAUGUAUUAGCAUAGGUCCUAGAAUCCUGCGAGAUGAAUCCCAAGUGAGAUGUUUGUAUUAUAAUUAAACUAAUAUUUUAGUCAUUUUUAAAUGGUAAUGACAUUUAAUUAUCAUUUAUUUUUGGUCUGUCUCUAACUAUGAAGUAUAACAACUACUUACUUAAUGACAUCGUGAUUUCAUACUGUUUGCUGAACUUUUGUGAUAGAAAAAAAGAUGUGAGGAAAUAUCAAAAUUGUAUUUUUUGUCGAAAAUAAACCUUAACUUUUGUGAAAAGAAACAUUUUCCUGUAUCUUCCUCUAAAUAUUUAUUCUAUAUCCUAUAUUUACCUAAGCCAUAUAAAUCAAGUUAUAAAAUUAUAUUGAUAAGAUUAUAUUCAAUUGUUUGAAAUAAAAAUAUAUUAAAAUUAAAAUAUUCCUUAAAUUACCUAACUGUAAUAUUCUAAUUUAAUCCCAAUGCAAUUUAAGUGUGAAGACUGAAAUAUCAAAUUGUUGUAAAGUUUUUGAACGGAGUAAUUAUACUUGUAGUUAGAAAUGGCCACACUUAAUUGUUAAUCGUGAACACGAAUUAUCCAAUGAGCUAUUAUUAUAAGUAACACCGACUUAGGUUUAGCAAACAUACAGAUUAUGUGACUUGUCGUUUAGUUUAGGCGAAGACCUAUUCGUGAAAAUAAUAAUUGUUUAGAAAAAAGUAAUUGUCGCUUAUGUUCUGUUAAAAAUGCGUUAAUUUAAUUUCGAGGUUUAUUGAGAAUGUUGUGUUAGUAAUAAAGAUUGUGUCUUAAAA